CCUCUACUACAAACAUACCAGGAGUCCGAGGAGGAGAGGAGACCAUGUCGAUGAGACCCACAGUCAAGCAGCACAACUUUUCCUCACUCUUAUUUAAAAAAACUUCUACGACUGAAAAACUGUGAAAAUUUGUGUGUUGCAGCUGCAGAUUCUCCGCCAGUUUAGCACCGACUUUUUGGGGACUUUUUUCUUCUUCUUUUUUUUUGUUUGUUUGUUCCGAACGUUGCACUCGUAUGUUUCACGGCACUUUGGAGACUACUCGCUUUGCGUGCAGGAUAAUUCCCCGUUAUUUCAAAGACUACGUGAGGAAUUUCUACUCGCUGUGAUUUUUUUUUCCACCCCGUCGAGCAAAGAAGUUUCUUCAGCGGUGAGCAGCAAACGGCAUGUAGCACAGGAGCAAGGCAGCCACUCUUCCUCCUCCACCUCAUCAUUCUUCUCCUCCUCCUCUGGCAUCUUUGGGAAUGGGCCACCACCUUGCCUGGGUGCAUCUCUCCACCCGGUGGUGUGGCUGGCGUCGCGCAAGAGUGAGGGGGGCAGUGGCCAGGUCAUAGAGCCUGCCCGCCCCUCUCUCCGGUUGCUUGCUCCCAAGUUGACUUUUAACCUUUGACUCGGCUGCGACUCGGCUGCGUCCUUCGGCAAGCCAUGCCCUUCCGGCUGAAGCUGCGGCGUACGCGGCGCUACAAUGUCCUGAGCAAGAACUACUUUGUGACAAGGAUUCGUCUGCUGGACAACAAUGUGAUUGAAUGCACUCUGUCAGUGGAGAGUACGGGACAGGAAUGUCUGGAGGCGGUGGCCCAAAGGCUCGAGCUGCGAGAGACCCAUUUCUUUGGGCUGUGGUUCCACGGAAAGACGCAGGCCCCGGUUCAGCGAUGGGUUGAGCUGGAGAAACCCCUCAAGAAGCAGCUCGACAAGUUUGGCAACGAGCCGCUGCUGUUCUUUGGUGUCAUGUUCUAUGUGCCCAAUGUUUCUCGGCUAGAGCAAGAGGCCACAAGGUACCAGUAUUACCUGCAAUUGAAGAAAGAGGUGUUGGAUGAACGUCUCCACUGCACAGUAGCGCAGGGGAUCAGACUAGCAGGCCUAGCAGUACAAGCUGACUUUGGAGACUUCACCCAGUUCAUGUCUCAGGACUUCCUCAGGGAGUAUGUGCUCUUCCCAGUGAACUGGCCACAUGGUGAUGAGGUACUCGAGGAGUGGACCCAGAAAGUUGCUGAGGAACACAAGAGUCACUGUCGGAUGCAGGCUGCUGAAGCAGAGCUGUUAUACAUUAAGGAGGUGGAAAAGCUGGAUGGUUUUGGCCAGGAGAGCUUUGCUGCUAAGGACAACUACACUAAUGAUAUUUUCAUUGGCGUGUCCUUCGUUGGGGUGUUUGUCAAACACAGAAACGGCAGAUCCAUCAUGCUCCACAAGUGGAAGGACAUUGGCACCAUAGCACACAACAAGUCAGCCAUCACAGUGGAGAUAACGAGCAAAGACGACACCAUCAUUUUUCACAUGGAGGAUAUGGAAAUGGCCAAGUACAUCGCUCGCCUCUUCACGGCCAGACACAAAUUCUACAAACAGAACAAGAUUUGUGCCGAGCCCACUCACUCACCUGCACCAAUCAGGAGGAGACCCACUUGGACCCACCGCAUCUCACUGCCUCGUCCUCAGUCCUGUAACUUCCAGUCGAUGCAUUCCCAGUAUGGAGAGCAUUAUCAGGACACACAGAGCUCCCAAGACAGCAUCUUCCAUGAUGACCCCUACUAUAAGUCAGAAACAAGUUUGGACCGCUGCCUCUUGGACUUUCCUUUCCGAAAUGGUACAGUGCCCAACGGAAGCAUGUACAGCAGCCCCAGCCUGAGCUCCCUCAAUCACUCCCAGACGUUCGUGCCUCCCUCACCUAUAUCCUCCAACCUCAGCAUCCCCGGCAGUGAGCUCAUGCGCCCCGACUACAUCCCCAGCCACCGCCACAGCGCCAUCAUCGCUCCGUCCUACCGGCCCACGCCCGAGUAUGAUGCUGUCAUGCGGCAGAAGCGCCGCAUGCUCCCCACGCACCAUGAUCUCCACAGCCAAUCGCUCCGCAGUCUGAACAUCAGUAAUGCCUGUGCUUACCGCCAGCCUGAAGCUCUGGUGUACAGCCAGCCGGAGAUGAGGGAGAGAAGCCCGUAUCAUGGACUGGGCCCCAGUCCUGGACCUUACACACCACAGAUCAGCUACAGUAAGCCAGUGUCCCAUGGUCCUCAUCAGGGUGGACCAGCCAGCAGCAAAGGCCCCUGUCACUCGCCCUGUGUCAAUGGCAGUGGAGGCGGUGGCGGAGGUGGAGGUGUGGGGAGCUCCAUCUCUCACACGGUCAGCACACCUGAGUUGGCGAACACUAAACAACAGGGGACUAAUGCAGGAAGCUAUGCAGCCACGGCCAACAUGCUGAGAAACCACAUGUCACGACCUCCCCCACCUUACCCUUCCAGCUCCUUCCGCCCGGCCACCAGCACGCCUGAUCUGGCCAGCCACCGCCACCGCUGCAUUGGGGGCAGCAGCCCGGAGCUUGUUACCCGCAUGGUGCAGCUGUCGGUCAAGACCUUCCAGCCGGACAGCUCAGCUGUUGUGCACCAGUCCCUGCAGGAGGUCAGCGAACCGUUAACUGCAGCUGCUAAACACCGCUCCACUCUGGGAAAGAGACACAGUAUGGAGGUGAUCAGCAGCAUGAGAGGAGGAGGAGGAGGAGGAGGAGGAGGAGGGAUGGAGGGGCUAGUGAUGAAAGGCAUGAAUGCGCCACUUCAUCGGAGGAACACUCUCAGAGAACAUGUGAUGCCUCCUCAGCCUCAACCCAUUCCUCAGCCCCAAACCCCUCAGACACAACCCCAGUCCCAGCCUCCACCGCAGCAGACAAAAGAGCUGCCCAUGCAGAUGCCUGCCCAGAAAGCACCUGAGGCUUCUGUGACACAAACUGCAGCCGUGUCUUACCAGCAUCAAAAGACUCUCUCUAAUGCUACCAUGCUCAUUCACAGUAGUGAGAGUGAAGAGGAGGAGGAGGAAGAGGAGAGGCCUGAGCUGGACGUUCAAAUCCCAGGUUUAAAUGAGGACAUCAGCAUCAGUGCUCAGCUCCAGGCUGCUCUGGCCAAGCUGCCCAACAAACCCCCGCCAGAGUACCCUGGUCCUCCUAGACCUCCAAGCAGUGCUCAGAUCCGCAACCACACCCACGGUCACAACAACCACACGCAUCACCACAACCACAAUCAAGGACCACAGAGCCACCAAGGACCCAUGGACCCAAACCAAGCCCAGGGCAGAGUCCCCAAAACUGUCCCAAACCAGGGAGUUGGUGGGCCCGGAGGAGGCUGUGGUACAGGUCCUGGCGGGACGCUGACCCGAGGGGACCAGGGUGGAGUAAAUGGAGCUGUUUUAGGUCCAUCCAUCUCAGAACCAGACCUGACCAGUGUGAAGGAGAGGGUACGGAAGGAGCCGGUCAAAGAGAGGCCAGUGUCAGAGAUGUUCUCACUGGAAGACAGCAUCGUGGAGAGAGAAAUCGCUCAAAGGACACUGGAGAGGCAGAAGAUGUCGGUGGACUCCAUGAAGAGACCGCUGAUGAUGGCUGCCCUCAACGGCCUCUAUGUUGCUCGAAUGCCUGUCCCCAAGAGUCCUGCAGAGGAAGGUGCCAAGGCUGCUAGUGACGAACGGUGUAAGACCUUUGAAUUGAAGCUGGAAGAGGAGCGGGUCUUCACUGAGUAUGAGCAGGUGCCUAAGAAGAAGGCAAACAGUGUUCUCACCACGGCAACACUGCCCGAGAACACCGAGCGCAACCGCUUCCGGGACUUUGUGCCCUACGAGGAGAAUCGUGUCGAGCUUGUGCCCAACAAGGAGAACAACACGGGCUACAUUAACGCCUCACAUAUCAAGGUGAUGAUCAGAGGGGAGGAGUGGCACUACAUUGCCACCCAGGGUCCGUUAGCCAACACCUGUGCCGACUUCUGGCAGAUGGUCUGGGAGCAAGGGGUCAACGUCAUCGCCAUGGUUACUGCAGAAGAGGAGGGUGGCCGGUCCAAGAGUCACCGCUAUUGGCCUAAACUGGGCUCCAAACACAACUCGGCCACUCACGGCAAGUUCAAGGUGACCACCAAAUUCCGCACCGACUCAGGUUGUUACGCCACCACGGGGUUGAAGGUCAAAAACCUGCUGUCCGGCCAGGAGAGGACAGUCUGGCACCUACAGUACACCGACUGGCCUGAGCAGGGCUGCCCGGAAUACGUGGUGGGAUUCCUCUCCUACCUAGAGGAGAUCCAGUCAGUAAGGAGACACACUAACUCCAUGCUGGACACGUCAAAGAGCCUCAACCCUCCUGUGGUGGUGCACUGUAGUGCCGGUGUGGGUCGCACCGGUGUGGUCAUCCUCACUGAGCUCAUGAUCAGUUGCCUGGAGCACAAUGAGCCAAUGGAAGUUCCGACCAUGUUGUCGGAGCUGCGGCAGCAGAGGAUGCUGAUGGUUCAGACCAUCUCCCAGUACAAGUUUGUCUACCAGGUCCUCAUCCAGUUUCUUAAGAAUUCCCGCCUCAUCUAAGCAUGACGGUGGUACUGAUGUAAACACGUGGACUGACACAGCUGAUUAAUAACCGAGUUAGAAGCAACUCCACCCUCAUUUUGACCUUUUCCAGGUUGACGUUGUGGAACUUUGUUGGUUUGCAAACGAAAGGAAUUUGUGUGGGUGUGCAUCUAAACUGAUGGUCAGUGUGUUCACAUUUCAUUCUUCUUUUUCUUUUUUUUAAGCUUGGACCUGUCUUUCUGUGUGGAGCAUGCACGUUAGUGCUUUUUCUCCGUGCAGGUCGGGUGAAUAAGCAGCGUAUCUCUCCUGCAGGUGUGUCUCCAUGCCCUGGGUGCUCACGAGAUAUUGCGCUCUUCUUUUUUCUCACUUCUACUGUUCAGACUUACUGUUGCUAAGUUUCACACAAGCCAUUAUUAGACAUGGCUUGAUGCUGCAUGAACAGUAGGUGGCAGCAGUAUUAUUGCUAAACUCUUAAUGAACAGGGUUGCCAAACAAAAACCAUUCUCUACAUCACUGUUCUGAAAAUGUGCCCUUUAUUUUUUAACAAGAGUAUUAAUGAAUACAGCAAAUAUUUACUUUUUCUUAAUUUUAUUUAUUUCUAUCAACAAUGAGGUCAAGUUUGCCGUUGUACAGAUCACUGACAAGCAUGUCGGGUCUUUUGAUCUCGUCUUUUCUUCCCAGUUCUCCCCGUUUUCUCUCCACACAUUUCAACCAAGGACCUUUCAGCAGCGGUUUCCUUGAAUCUCCGCUCUUUGCCGUCUCUUUUAACCAUUUCAAAAUCCUCUCCAGUUGAUUGGAGAUACUUUAUAAAUAUCCGAGCGUUGGCAUCUGCAGUCAAUAGGAAACUGUGUCCUUAUACUGUAUAUGUAGCAGAUACUGUAUUAUGAUGCUGCGUUGAGACAUGAAACGGGAACCUCCAAAAAAUGAAAUCGUCAAAUCAGUAAUUUUAUUGAUUGCUAUUUUGGUAUAAAAGCUACUUUAACAUUUGAAAUCAUUUACCUAACUCUCAGGUAAGGAUUUGUCACCAGGAGCCAGAGAAGUCUGAAAUCUGGGAUUGUUUUUGAAACAUAAGCGUUAAGUCUUUGCCAUAAAAAGGCAGUUGUGUGUACUCACCUGAUCCAAACCCAGUUAGUACUGUGUUGUGUUUCCAAGUAUCUGAAACCACCUUCUACAGAAUGAUCUGUUACAUGUUAAAAUAAAUGUAAUGCAAAGCCAGCCGUGUCCAAAAAAAUAACUUUGUACAUAACGGACAUGUGAGAAAAGAUUUCUACAAAUGUUUUAUAUCACUUUCUUCUUUUUUUGACUUGGUACCCUAAAAAUACCGCAACAUAAUAAACUAUGCAUGCAUUUUUUUUUUUACAUAUAUUUCAAUGUAUAUAUUCUUGGAUACGUAUAAGCUCUCUCUUGACAUAUAAGUGUUUUGUUGCACUUCAGUUCUCUUUUUACGACAGUAUUCUCUCACAAGGCAUUCCACUCUUUAUUAAUAUUUAAUUUUUCCCCCCCAGUCUUUCUUUCUUUCUUUCGGCCAAAUUCCUGAAUACGUUUCAAAGUAUGUGUAAAUAGGUUUUGUAUAUGCGUUGUCAGUCUUUUGUUUUUCUCUCCCCAGACAUGUACGAAACUGUCAAACUUGCUUAUUAUGCAAUAAAGCCUUAUUUUCUUUAA